UGCAUUCAUUCCAUUGUGUCAUUGCAGAUCGAUCUGAGCAGCUCGCAGAGAGCCCUGAUCGACCGGUUCCAGCAGCAGCGCCAGGAAGCGUUGCAGAACGAAAUCCACCAGCGGGUCAAGGCGCAGCUCGACAAUCGGCCACCAGAUCGAUCCUCCGUUACGGCCCUGCUGAAGGUACGGCUAAUGGAUCCGGUUGAACCGAAAAAGGUGUUUAUGCUUUCGAUAUGGCGCCCUCCCGAGGAUACUCAGACCUUGCUCCAGGAGCAAUCCGUUGUUGAGUUGGGUAACGUGACCGCCAAUGGAACAAAAAAUGGCGCUGUACUGCUGACAACUCACAAGAACACUACUUACACGCGGGACCCCUCAUCCGUUCGGGUGGAAUGUAGCACACUUCAACCCUGGUUUCGCACGAUCACUCCGAUCGGAAGUAUCGACGGGCAAACGUUCGGGCCUCCGUUCAACGAGUUCGACACGGUCGGCAUCGUGGUGCACGUCGGAAUGGUGGACUCGAAAAAGUUCCAAUCGAUUUACCUCGCGGACACGGCUAUGGAUCUGCUGUCCGUAAACUUUUGGCACGGGCUGGCCGAGUUCGCGUACGACGAUUUGAUCACCGAGCGGAAGGUACUCUGUGUGGCCAACCUUCAGUGGCGCACCCGCAACCGUCACAGCCCCGUUCCGCAAUCGUUCGCCACGGAGUACACCACGUUCACGGAGAACCCGCGCAGCGCACGGUUCCGCACCGAGUGGGAUCGCUUUCAGGUGCAGCUGAACGCCAUCGAUCGGGAACACUUCUUCAAGCGGUGCUCGGAGAAGGUUCUUGAAUUGCUAGAUACAACCAUGCCGCCUUCCGGAAUUAUGACACCAAACAACAGCAAUGUGUCAACGCCUUACCUGCAGCGUUCGCUGAGCAGGUUGGAGCAAACAUCAACUCCCGUUGGCGUGGCGCUGGGCGAGAAUUUGACGAAAAGAAAGCUGAAAACGCUCUCCACAAUGUACACCAGUCCGCCCAAGACCACACCAAUUAUGAUGCGCACGAAUCCGAUCCUGCGGAAGGGCUUCAAAACACCGGCACGGCUUGAGGAUCGACUAAACGGGGUGAACCUCGAAGAAGGUCACCAGUAG